AUGGAAAGCUACUGGAGUAGCCUUAAACAAGGAAAAGAAACCAUGAAUAAUAAGCCAGAAAUUUCUAACAAAGAUCAGAUAGCAAUGCAAUGGGGAUUAAUGUGUGAGAAUAGUGCCCUGGCCACAUAUAUCUCCAAGUUUCUUGGCAAGAAAUAUCCAAAAAGCAAAGUUAAUGAGACUGGAGACCAUCUAAUAAAUAAUGAUAAUGGAUUUCCAUGGCUAGCUUCUUCCCCUGAUGGCCUAGUGGAGAUUGGGGAAGGAAGCAAUAGUCUAGGUGUUUUAGAAAUCAAGUGCCCUUUUAUGGGAGGUAAACCAUUCCCAUACAGAAGUGUUUGCGCUUAUCACAUUCCCCAGAUAAUGUUAGAAAUGCAUUGCACCAACACAAAGUGGUGUCAUUAUGUAGUGUGGACUCCAGUUGGCUAUCAAAUAUACCUUGUUGAAAGAGAUGAUCAGUACAUAGCUGAUUUAAUUAAUUAUUUGAAGGCCUUUUGGAAUUCCGCACAGGAGGAAAAUGGCACUAUGCCCCCUUGGCAAGCUGAUGCUUUCAACCUAAAAAAGAGAGCAGAAGAACUUGCAAAAAAUUGUGAAAAAUUGUCAUCUGGCAAUUCGGUAAGGGAUGAGAACAUACUUGAACACCAGUUCUUAGAUUUAUUCUGGAACCAUGAAGAUAAAACUGACCACACACCAGUUUCGAAAAGAAAAUGUGGAGGUUCUAAAGAGGAAGAAUGGAAAUGCAAACAGAAUCCUUGUGAAAUUAGACUUGAAAGGCUAAGGAAGAAAACAAAUAUAGUAGACAAUGAGAAACAUUUUUACCAGUCAUAUACCUGGGGAUCUGGGGGACUUGGAAAUAGCUGCCAUCAGGACACUAUUCUCGAGUUUUUUUACCAUGUGUUUAGACGACAAAUUCAGCUUGAUGGCAAUUCUGGUGAGGGAAUGAGUGUACUAGAAGAUUGCUUUAAAUUGCGAGAAAAUGGAAAUUUUUUAGAAAGUAAACUGCGACUGUGGAAAUGGCUGCGUGAUGAAACUGACAGUGGUCACAUUUAUUAUCCAUUUGGCCGAACAGCAUCCAUAAUAGGCAUAUUUUUUCGACUUAUCAAAGAGAGCAAUGAACCAUUCACACUGAACUUUAGACUAACGGAAAACAUGACCACUGUCUGCACUCUACUGCCUCAAAAGCACACACAGAGACGAACUAAACACCAUGUCAUCUAUCCUAUUUCUGAUGAUGACAUAUUAUCAGAACAUGUGUCUUCUGACCAAAAGUACAAGAUCAUCUCUGUUCUGGAACAUUUGCUGACUCGAAGUGAUCAGUUACUACCUUCAAGUUGGUGUGGAAAUGUAAAUUAUGAGCUUCAAAGCGACCCAAGAUUAAACAUAACAGAAAUAACACCUGAAACAGCUACGUUUUGUAAGGGAAAGAAAAAAGUUUUAUCGCAUGUUUCAAGGAGUCCUAAAUCCUUCUUUGUCAUGAGAAAUGUUUCGAGCACAUACAUUGACCAUAUCAAUGUGGCAAAUACUAUAUAUAGACUAGCAGGAAUUGUGUAUUUUAAUGGGGUACAUUAUUGGUGUGAGGUUCUUUCAACCCAGUUAGGCUAUAAGAAUGGCUGGUUCUUUUAUGAUGGGAUGAUUAGAGGAGGAAGGGCUGAGUACGUUGGUGGCACUCCCAAGUGCAAACAUCCACAGCAAGUUCACAUUCUUCUUUAUGAGCAAUGUUCCACCAAUGCAAAUAUUUAUGGUAUGACCCUUACAUAUGAAUAUGAAAAACUAACUUCAAUCAUCUCAUAUUACAGGAGUAUGCUGAAUCUGUCAGACAAUAAAAUCAAAAUCCAAAAUUUAAAAGCAGUACUUAGACAUCAGGGAAUUUCAUUUCAAGUAAAUUCAAAACUAGAGGAACUAAAGACACUAGUGCUCAACAGUGCAGGAAGUUCUCUAACCAACCAAAAUACUCCUAGUGUUCCACAAACAAGUUUAGAGGUGAAGAUGUGUACACCUCCAAGUGUUAAAGACACAUCUCUUGUAAAACGGGCUCGUAAGACUCCGACUAAAUUUUCAGACUACACACCGGAAAGACAUGCACCAAAGAAACUAAAAAAGAACACUUCUUCAUCAUUAAAAAAAAAUUCCUUAAAGAAAGGUGUUACAAAAUGUAUUGAAACAUUUAAAGAUCUUGUGAACAGAAUGAUGGGUCCAAAAGAAUCUACUGAUAGCAAAAGUUCAUCAGAAGAUGAAACAGAGCAUUACAAAUCAAACGCUGUAGAGUUGUCAAACACCUGCUUUAAAUAA